GUCUCUGACAUUAUAGACACUCGUACCGCGUAACUGUAGGUUACUUUUUUUCACCCCCCCUCCCGGCGACGUCCUCGGCUGAGUUGCACUCCUGGAUUCUAAGUGCGUCCCUCCUCGCAGCAGCUGCAGCAGCUCCCCGAACCCGCUCCGCUCCGUCAGCCGGACCGAACCCGAGCCGGCGGACCGCCUGCUGCGUCUCUCACUUCAGCCCGGACACGGUUGUUGUUGUUUUUUUGUUUUUGUUUUUUUAACGCGAGAAUAAAGUACGGAUGCUGGAGUCUUUGAGUUGAUUGGAAGAAAUAGAAAGCAGAAAAAAAGUCAGAUAAAGGAAGAGCAGGAGUGUGAGGAGAAAGAAGAAGAAAGAGGAGAGAGAAGAAAGCAUAAAGUUCUUUAGAAAGAGGAGAGAAAGAAAAGAGACGGGGACGAUGGGGAGGAAAAAGAUUCAGAUCACGCGGAUUAUGGAUGAACGCAACAGACAGGUGACAUUUACAAAGCGAAAGUUCGGCCUGAUGAAGAAGGCGUACGAGCUGAGCGUGCUGUGUGAUUGUGAGAUUGCCCUGAUCAUCUUCAACAGCACCAACAAGCUGUUCCAGUAUGCCAGCACAGACAUGGACAAGGUCCUGCUUAAAUACACAGAGUACAACGAGCCCCACGAGAGCAGGACCAACUCUGACAUUGUGGAGACAUUGAGAAAGAAGGGCCUAAACGGCUGUGACAGCCCGGACCCCGACGCAGACGACUCGGUCGGUCACAGCCCCGAGUCCGAGGACAAGUACAGGAAAAUAAACGAGGACAUUGAUCUGAUGAUCAGCAGACAGAGACUGUGUCAGGCCGUGCCCCAAUCGAACUAUGACAUGUCUGUGUCCAUUCCCGUUAGCAACCAGAACAAUCUAAUUUACAGCCAUCCCGGUGGUUCCCUAGGCAACCACAACCUGUUGCCAUUGGCUCACCACGGCCUACAGAGAAACAGCAUGUCUCCUGGAGUUACUCACAGACCCCCCAGUGCAGGUGGCCUCAUGGGUGCUGACCUCACCACUGGCGCAGGCACCAGUGCUGGAAAUGGAUAUGGGAACCAUCGCAACUCACCAGGUCUGCUGGUGUCUCCAGGUGGCAUGAACAAGAACAUGCAGACCAAGUCUCCCCCGCCCAUGAAUUUAGGCAUGAACAACCGCAAACCUGACCUACGUGUGCUCAUCCCCCCUGGCGCCAAGAACAACAUGCCCUCCAUCUCUGAGGAUUUCAAUCUGCUAUUGAACCAGAGAAUAAACAACUCUCAGUCUGCUCAGUCAUUGGCCACCCCAGUGGUAUCAGUAGCAACUCCCACACUGCCAGGACAGGGUAUGGGCGGUUACCCGUCUGCCAUCUCUACUUCUUAUGGUACCGAGUACUCCCUGAAUAGCGCAGACCUGUCCUCCCUGUCUGGCUUCAACAGCGGCAGCUCCCUUCACCUCGGCUCAAUGAGCGGGUGGCAACAGCAACACCUUCAGAACAUGCAGCAUUCAGCCCUCGGCCAGCUAGGAAAUUGCUCUAGCUCUCACUUAUGUCAGGGUUCAAAUCUCUCCCUGCCCUCUGCUCAAAGCCUGCACAUCAAGUCCGAACCUGUUUCUCCUCCUAGAGAUCGCACCAGCAGCACGGGGGGCUACGGUGGGGUACCUCCUCCCCAGAACCCCUCGUCCCGCCAGGACUCGGGACGCUCCCCCGUUGAUAGCCUGAGCAGUUGUAGCAGCUCCCAUGAGGGCAGCGACCGCGAUGAGCACAGGAACGAGUUCCACUCACCUCUGGGACUGGGCCGGCCCGCCAUGGAUGAGCGCGAGAGCCCCUCCAUCAAACGGGUGCGCCUGUCAGAAGGAUGGGCCACAUGAUAGCUCCGCCCCCGUCCCCGGCACUGCCCCGAGUUACCCUAAGCCUCCGGCAAGGCAGCGUAACGAUGCCCCCACCCCCUCCCCUCCUGAGUCAGCUCCUCUUCCUCCUCUCACCUAAUAUCACGAGUCAAGCACCCGACCCCAAGGCCUAUCUCCUUUUAUCUUGUUAACGCUGAAGGAAUUAAAAGGGACAUCCCUUUUCUAAAAUAUGUUUGUAAUUUCUUUUUCCUUUUUUAUUUUCUUUUUGCUGAGUGUGUGUGCUAUACAUAUUGCCAUUAUAUAAAGCAGUGGGGUGUUGUAAUGGGGGUUUUGGGGAGGGUGGGUGUUGGCUGCAAUGGCAUCUGGGGGUAUUUCUGUUGGGGAACUAUGCAUAAAUUGUAUUGUGUGUGGAUAAAAAGAAUCACGUAUGCAUAUAUCUUUACACGUGAGUGUAUGUGUACAUAUAUGCAUAUCAACAAAUAAACAAAAAAAAUAGUCAGGUACUCUGUUUAAUAAAACGUACUUACACUUUGCCUCAGCGAUAACUAGUGACAAAAAAACAAAAAACAAAAAAACAUCAGAGUGAGUGUGUCCAAUGGAAAACACCUUAGCACUUGAGUUGGACAAACAAUACAUGUGUACAGUGUCAGUUUCAUGCUAUAUACCUUCUCUGCAGUUCUCCCUUGCAAAAAUGUGUGUUAACAUUAGAUGAUGUCAUGUUGCAGGUUCAACGUAUUUAUGUAAAUAGAGGGUCGAGGGGGAAAGGGCAGGGGUCAAAAGUUGCCAGACAUUACAAGAUUUAUUUACUCACUAAAUGAAAAGCUAUUAUGCAACAUUUGAAGAAUUGUACAGGUAAACAGGCAGACCCAAUGCUAGACGCGUGGAACCUUUGAUGAUCUCAGCGCUCCUCUUAACCACCGGAGCUGAGCGAGGAACCAGCCUCUGAUCUAAGAGCUGCGUUCGUGUACUCGAGAAAACGCUGGAUCUAGUAUUAAUAUUCAGUAUUAAUGAACAAAAAAAUUUAAAAUAAAAAACAAUUGUACGAUACACUUGCUUAUAUUUUCAUAUGAAAGGAAUACAAUGCAAAGCAUUUUUGUGGCUUUUUGUAGUUUCUAUAAGCCAGAAUGUGUUUUUGAUAGCUUUGCUAAUAAGAGAAGGAUAGUUUGCCCAGAGGGGAAUUGACAGGGCUUUGCUGCCCUGAGCCAUUAAAGACAGACUGAGAUCCAAUGCUUUGCUGAACUGUUUUAUCUUUGUAGAGGUUUGUUUUUAAACGUGUAUUUCUAAUUAUAUAUAAUAACGGUAAUAUUAAGAUUCUUUAAAAAAAAAAAAUCUGUGAAAUUAACAUGCUUGUGUAUAGCUUUCUAAUAUAUAAAUAUAUAUACUAAUGAUUUUCGUUGGUUUCUUAGUGGAGUUUCUAUGUGCAGUGGCACAUGCUGUCUGGUUGGUUUCAUUUGAGCCCAGUGAACAGUGCUGUUCGGGCGUGUAUUUAGUCUAACCUUCAAAAACCAGCUGGAAAGCAUCGCUAGGGUUUGUGUGACGGAGGAGAGACGGGCCUGAAAGCUAAAACACAACCUGCUCGUGGAAAAUGUCAUUAGAUUGGAACUGGGGAUGACACAGAAAUAAGAGUCGACACAUGAUGUACACGACUGUUAUAGCAAUGAGGAAAAUAUGACAGUCACCUCCAUCCACGUCUAGAUGUAUUUGAAUGCAUCAGAUAGUUCAUCCUUGGCCUUAUUUAUCUACUUGGCAUACGUUAGACAGUAGCGACGUUCAGUUCAAUUCCAAAUCUUCAACACAAUCUUAGCUUGUGUUCCAGACGUUGCACAAGCCCCGACACAAAUCAGUACCCUUUUUUCUUUUGAAUCAUAUUUAUACAAUGUAAUUUUGUCAGUUCACUUUUGAGUAACUUCCCCCGAUAAUUUACAAACCUUCAUUUGAUUCGGUGUCGUCCUGUGACACCUCAUGUUCCACUCUUCAGAACAGGGUUCCACAUAAUUUACCAUAUUUCACACGACAGUUCGGCGUCGGAUACGCAAGGACUAAUUGAUCAUGCUGGUAUGAAAGAAGCACAAUUGUUUAUUUUGAAAUAAAAAGCUGUUUAGAUUUACUCUUUUCUAAACAAUGAAACUAGCCACACAUCUCUCUGCCUCCCACUCCCGUAUCUGCUGUCACAUAAGUGUUAUAAUAUUUCUAUGUGCAUAUUUCAUGCAGGUUCACUAUGUUGUUACUGUAUACAGUCUGUGUAGUCAAAAAGGGGCAGAGCCUCUAUAUGGUGUUCUUCUCUUUUUUUUUUAUUCAAUACAAAAUGGUUAAGAAAAAAAUGAACAUGAUGUUUCAGGCAGCGAAAGUGUGGAGAAACCAAAGCCAGUGGCAUUUCUGUGUUGUAAACUCAACUUUAUUUUCACAUUCAUUUAUGGUUUUUGCAAGCAUUGAAACAAGACAAUAAAAGAAUUUGCUCAAAUGUACAAUCGGUUUCACAUUUCAAUUUCAGUCAGUCAAAUGUAGCUUUCGAUGUCGAUACCAACCACAGCGAUUUACCUGUUGGUCUCCCUGUGCAUUUAAAAGCGUAUAUCCAAGAACGUAUUUUGUAUUCACAAUUUCUUAUUUGCUCUGACUCAGCAAAGUCAUCAAAUCCCGAUCAAGUGAACCCACGCUUGCUGUCCACUUGAUCCUAGCCUACCACACGCUCUCAUAGUGCUGGCUCACUGAUUGGAAUAAUGCCAACAUGUCCUGACAUGGUUGAUUGCACUGCUUUAGUUUCGACACAAAUUUUAACCAAAAACAACAACAAAAACUCUCUCUGUAUCUUUUUUUUGGUUUUAUUUAAAAUCGUUCUUUAUCAUCAUCUGUUGACCAGUUGUUGUCAUUACUUAGAAUUGGUUAAAUGUUGGUGCCUCAGAAUUUACCCAAGCAGUACCUCAAUGGAUGUUUUGCGAAGUCACUUGCCGUGAAAAGAGGAGACCAUACACCUGUACAGCCAUGUGUAAUAACCAUGUAAUACCAUUGCCUAAGGUCCCUACAGUCACAUGGGAAACUUUGUUGCUGUGCCGUGUUUGUGGUUUAUUUAAGUUGUAUCCGAAAGCUAAAAAGUACAUUUUUUUUUGAAAGAGUAAUAUGUUGAAAUGCUUAAAAAGUCAGUCUGUAGUAUCAAAUGUAGCUUGUAUAAACCUGAACAUGGUGGAGGUUUGAAACUAAUGUUUUCUGGAACGCGAGAGCGGCUUUCAGCGGCAUAAGCUGGCCUUUGUCGCCACUUGAGACUAAGAUGGCAUUAAAUUAAAUCCACAUCUCUGUAACUCAAGGCACUUGAUUCAGCUUUAUAGUGGAAACGUUUGGGGAUGAAAUCUAAGUCUCAUCUGCUGGAUGGGGAAGGCUAUUUGUAUUUUGCAGAGAUUUCAGUAAAGUUGCUGGCUUUCUUAGUUA